AUGGCAUAUCUCAAGGCCAAGUCGAGCUCCACCGCAACAGGAGGCAGCGAGGAGACCUCGAAAGGUGCGUCUGAAGUUCCCAUGGCAGUGCCAAAGAAGCGUGCCAAGGGCAAGAAACGCCUCAAGCAGAAGAAUUCGACCGCCGGCGCAGGCGAAGCGAAGGAAAACGAGGAGGAGACUGUGGCCGUUGACGCAGUUGAUGCUGCGGCUGCGGCGGAUGCUGCAGCUGCGGCAGACGCUGCCAAGGAUUCCGCAGGAACAGUGCCAGAUAUGGAAGAUCUUGAAUCAACAGGGCGCUUGUACAUAACCAACCUACCAUACGGAGCCAGCGAAGAAGAGAUACGUGUUCAUUUCGAAACGCUGGGGGAGGUCCAGUCCGUCGUCGUUUGCAAGGACGAGGACUCGCUGAAAUCACGUGGUUUCGGCUACGUCACGUACGUGUUUCCAGAGUGUGCCGUGAGAGCUCUUUCCGAGCUGGACUUGAAGUCCUUCCAGGGGAGGCUCCUGCGCGUGGCCGCAGCCCGGCAGAAGCCGGUGGAGGAGGCGGCGAAAGGCACCGACGCCGAGAAGGUCGUGGCUGAGUUGGGGGUGUUGAGCUCGGAGGUGCUGUUCAGGUUUCAGGCACAAAAGGGUCUGCAACUCAACCAAGGCGAGAGGUGGCACUUCCUCAUACAAACGCUACUUGCCUCCAUCAGUGUCGGAAAGGUCGCCUUGAUGAAUCUGGGCCUUGAUUGGUUUCUUCCUCCUGUGGUGAUCUUCGCUGAGAGGAAGAAGAAGGUGGAUGCCCACCUCCAGCAUACCUGGAACUUGCUAUACAUCUCUGCCAACUCGGCGGCAGAUGCUGCAUCCGCACAGCUGGGUGUUUCCAAGAGUGACUUUUUCGGCAAAGAUGCCGAGAACGCUGCCGUCACUGCUGCCUUGACGGAGACCUCGGUCAUCCAGCAGACGAAACAGUGGCUUCAGAGAGAAGGCAUUCGUGUCGAUGCUUUCGAGCAGCGGGGGACAGCGAUGACAAACAGCAAGGCGGUCAUGGCAGAGGGUGUGCAGCGCCGUGAUGACACCCUCAUCGUGAAGCAUUUGCCCGCUGCCACGAGCGCGGGGGAGCUGCGAGAGCGCUUCGUGCGCUUCGGCACCCUGGUGCGCUGCUCGCUAGCGCCCUCGGGAACGGCGCGGCUCCAGGGAUCGGGAGCGACGGCAGCGAAGGGGUGCGAGUUUCUCGUUGAACAAGUGAUGGCGGUCCCGGUGCAGGUGGCAGUCGUGCAGUAUGCGGACAAAGGAGCCGCAUCCCGGGCUUUCCAGAAGCUUGCCUUUUCACGCUUCCGGCAUGUGCCCCUCUACCUCGAGAUGGCGCCGGAAGAUGUGUUUACAGAUGGCGGCGCUGCGAAGGCGGCCCAGAAGGAAGCCACCGAGGAGGCCGCAGAGGAGGAGGUCGAGGAGGAGGCACGAGGCUGUCUCUUCGUGAAGAACUUGAGCUUCUCGACCACGGAUGAUGGCUUGAAGGCCGUCUUUCGCAGCUGCCAGGGCUUUCGCUCGGCCGUCGUCAUGCGCAAGAAGGCUGCUGUGAAGAAGGGCGCAAAGGCCGCCCAGGAGGAGAAAGGCCUGUCCAUGGGCUACGGCUUCCUCGAGUUCCAGACGACGGCGCAGGCGGCCGAGGUCUUGAAGCGCAAGCAGGGCGCCAUGAUCGACGGCCAUGCGGUUCAGCUGCAGAUCUCGCAGUCUUUUGGCCGCAGCUCAGAGAGUGCUUUUGCAGUUGGGGCUUCGGGUUCAGGGUUUAGUGAAGUCGCAGUUGCAACAGGGGGUGUUUUUUCCUACGGUAGCCAUUUUGGCUGA